GCUCGCGGAUGAAGAAGACGUCUAGGUCAAGAAUGUGCCAAUGUCUCAGUCGCGCCCGAGGGACUCACUGACUUGAGGUUCCUCAUUCCAUCGAGGUCGAGGUCGAGGCCGAGCAGUGGGAGCCACGGUGUGAUCGGAGGAUUCCCUCGUUGCCGAUCGGGCGGAGAGUGCGCACUUUGCUGGAUGGUUUGGAACUCGGACGCGUAGAAACAGCGGGGAUCGUGUGCGGGGAUUGGCAGGAAUUACUCGAUUCUAGCGCGCAGGGAGACGCAGACGCAGACGCAGAUUUGGCGAUAUAGAAAGGAGUAGGGAGGUAAUAUGGGGCAGGGGCAGUCAGGAGGGUUGCCGAGGCCGGGGCCUCCAGGGGACAAGAAGGCCGAAGAGAAAAAGGAGAAGAAGUAUGAGCCGGCUGCUCCCCCGACGAGGGUCGGACGGAAGCAGAGGAAGCAGAAAGGCCCGGAAGCUGCAGCGCGAUUGCCGGUGGUCACUCCGGCGACCAAGUGUAAGCUCCGAUUGCUGAAACUUGAGAGGGUGAAGGAUUAUCUGUUGAUGGAAGAGGAAUUUGUGACCAACCAAGAACGUUUGAAGCCUCAGGAGGAUAAGAAUGAGGAAGAUCGUUCGAAGGUCGAUGAUCUGCGAGGUUCUCCCAUGAGCGUUGGUACGUUGGAGGAGAUAAUUGACGAGAAUCACGCCAUCGUUUCUUCCUCUGUGGGCCCUGAGUACUACGUGAACAUCCUCUCCUUCGUGGAUAAAGAUCAGCUGGAGCCUGGCUGUGCCAUUCUUAUGCACAACAAGGUACUUUCAGUCGUUGGAAUCUUGCAGGAUGAAGUCGAUCCGAUGGUGUCAGUUAUGAAAGUGGAGAAGGCACCUCUUGAGUCGUACGCAGAUAUUGGAGGUCUAGAUCCUCAAAUUCAGGAAAUCAAAGAGGCCGUGGAGCUUCCUUUGACGCACCCAGAGCUGUACGAGGAUAUUGGUAUUAAGCCGCCAAAGGGAGUCAUCUUAUAUGGUGAACCCGGUACCGGGAAAACUCUUUUGGCCAAGGCAGUCGCAAACUCUACAUCUGCAACAUUUUUACGUGUUGUAGGAAGUGAACUUAUCCAGAAAUAUUUGGGAGAUGGACCUAAACUUGUUAGAGAGCUAUUCAGAGUGGCUGACGAACUGUCUCCAUCUAUUGUGUUUAUUGACGAAAUUGACGCAGUGGGUACCAAAAGAUACGAUGCACAUUCCGGUGGUGAGCGUGAGAUUCAAAGAACUAUGUUGGAGUUACUUAAUCAGCUUGACGGAUUCGAUGCCCGGGGUGACGUCAAAGUAAUUUUAGCUACUAACAGAAUCGAGAGUUUAGACCCCGCACUUCUCCGACCUGGAAGAAUCGAUCGUAAGAUUGAAUUUCCUCUGCCUGACAUCAAGACAAGGAGAAGAAUUUUCCAGAUUCAUACCUCUAGGAUGACGUUGUCGGACGACGUCAAUCUAGAAGAGUUUGUUAUGACGAAGGACGAAUUUUCAGGAGCAGACAUUAAAGCUAUAUGCACUGAAGCCGGUUUGUUAGCAUUGAGAGAGCGCAGGAUGAAGGUUACCCAAGUCGAUUUUAAGAAGGCCAAGGAGAAGGUCAUGUAUAAGAAGAAGGAAGGUGUUCCGGAGGGCCUGUAUAUGUAGUUAUGUGAAGAGGAACUUGUAAAGUUCGGCUUGUUUGCGGCCUCAAUUACUAUGACGUUCCUGCUGUAGAGCUUUCCGAUCAAGGGCUUUCGAAAUGGUGGGACAUGUAUACUGUUUUGAUGUGGCCAACCUGUAAAGUUUGGCAUGUCUGCGGCGACCCCAAGUAUUACGACAUUCCUGCUGUAGAGCUUUCCGAUGAAGACCAUUCAAAUGGUGGGACAUGUAUACUGCUGUAGCCGAACUUCUUCAAAUAGGACGAAGUAGGAGGGUGAUAACCAAUUUGAAGGGUGUUUUAUAAGGUGUUUCACCUCAAUUCUCGAAUUUUCUUCCAACCAUUCAUAGAUGCGUCAGACGUCAUGUAGGCGUCAUACCCUGGGGGUUCCUCUUCUCCAUUGUGGGUAAGAAUCACAGCUACAGCUGCCUCGGCUACCCAUUGUCCAACAAAGCACUAAGUCAUUCAGCAUCGGAAACGAGAUAUCAGCUAUGACCGCAAUGCCCCAUUGUUCGCGAUCACCUUUGUGCCAUCUACAUCUGAGAAAUGAAAAUAUGUUUGCAAUUUCUUUUGGAUAGGACAUAUCUCAUGGAUAGUAGUGAAAUUUGCAUCGACACGGGCACCGGGCGAUUCGGAUAGAAGUUGUGCUUGGGAACUAAAACCAAUUCAAAGAAAAUUUGCUUGUCGUCUGAGCGUGGAAAGUCCAUAACUUAGCACACAGCUAGUCUAAAGAUGAAGGAAGGAAAACAGUAGUAUGUCUAGGGAAGUGGUCAUUCGGAUGGUGCCAAACGAUGACGACUGGAAACUCAGGAAGGCGAGGAGAACGAAAAUAUUGCGUACUAUAGUGAUAAAUACACUAGAAUUC